AUGGCUCCAUCAGCGGCACCACUACCGUCAGCAGCAGCAGUGGAGCAGCACCACGAGAGCUUUCGGCGAUGCGUGGACGAUUGGGAUUCUCGCGUGUCGGUGUUGACGCACCAGGAUUGUCUGCCCUUUCUGUUCAUAUUCCUCAUUCCUCGUCUGCUCCCCACCCUCGUUUCUGCCUCCUGCCUCACUUCCCCUGCUUCUUUCAACCCCUUCCUGCCCCCUUAUCCCUUCCUCCUUCUCCAUCCCCCCUCCUCCAUUUCUCCCUGUUUACCUCAUCCUCUGCAGGUCUUACAUCGGUUGCUGCCACGCCUGCUCCUAUUUGGGAAAUCUCCCGCCGUCAACCCCCACUCCAGUGCUACUCCCGAGUCCUCUUCCUCCAACGCAGCAUCCUCUGUUGUGGGGGGAACGAUAGCUGAUCAGCACGAGGAUGGGGAUGCGGGUGAAGCUGGGGAUAGUGAUGCGGAGGAUAGGGGGGAUAGGGAGGAGCGGGAGGGCAGGGAUGGAGACGGUGGAUCAGAGGAGAGUCAAGAAGAGAGAGAUGAUAGUAGAGGGUUAGGAGGACCAGCUGAGGCGAGAGGUGAGGGCGGUACAAGCAAGAGUGGCAGACCUCAAGGUGAUGACAGCGAGGCGGGGCGGGAUAGAUCCGAGGAGGAUUCGAAAAAAUGCGAGGAAAGUGAUUCAGUGGAGGAGGCUGAAGAGGCGGGCUGGGAGGGCGGGAGUGCAGUGGAAGAGGGAAGGGAGGGAACGGGAGGGGUGGAAGGGGAGGAGCAGCAGCAGGUGGCGCGUGUGUUGGUGGAGCUGCAGGCGCUGGUGCUGGUGGGGAAGGACCUCACAGCUACAAUGGAGGAGCUUCUAGUGCUGCUCGUGACGCUGGUUGGAGGGGAGGAUGGGAGGGGCGCAGGGUGGUGGGAUGGAGGGCUGGGAGAGGGGGAGGCAGAUGAGGGGCUUCAGGAGCUUCUCCGUUCUGACUGGUUCAAAUCGACAGAGUAUUUCACAGUAAGUGUGUUAAUGGAGCUGCAGGCGCUGGUGCUGGUGGGAAAGGACCUCACUGCCACUAUGGAGGAGCUUGUUGUGCUGCUCGUGGGGCUAGUUGGAGGGGAGGAUGGGAGGGGCGCAGGGUGGGAUGGAGGGUUAGCAGGCGGAUUGGGAGAGGAGGAGGCGGAUGAGGGGUUCAGGAGCUUCUUCCCGGCACUAGACGCGCUUGCAGCAGGGGCGGCUGUGCUCUUGGUGAUCGACUCGGCACUUGCUGCCAACCCUGCUGUUGCCCGGGGGAUUGCUGCGUACAACAGAAUGCUUCAGGCAGUGCGUUGUAACAUGGAGGCAUACUCCUCGGUGCACAGCGGUGCAAAGCGGUACCAGAAACAAAGAGGGAGAAGCAGCAGAGGUCAACGCGAAGAGUUCGAGCUGUCUCUGGCGGAGCUUCAGGGGCUGCUGAUGAUGCUGGAAGCAGCAAUAGGGCCGCAAGGCCAGGAGGGAACAUUUUUCCAGAGCUGGAAGGAGAGUGUAGCCCGGGCAGUGGGUCCUGAGGCACCUCCCGUCGCUGCUGCAGCUAAGGCUGGGAAAGGAGGAAAGGGGGGCAGGGCAAAGGCAAGUGGGGGGCGGCAGGUGCUGAGCGGGCGGGCGCUGUGGCGGCAGCAGCAGAAGUGGCUGCUGCCGCUGGUGACUCACUUGAACGCCUCUGCUUAUUCUGCUCUCCAUGCCAUUGGCAGCCACUCCGAGCAGCACAACACCCGUCGCCACUUAGCCGGAUGCAUCGCUCUCUUCCUCUCCCUCGCACCCAUAGCAGCAUCUGGCUAUGAGAAGCAACUCAUGAAGGCCACCCCAAGCCUGUUCGAAGCAGUCAGGCUACAUCCUCUGUUACCUCUCGCCGGACCCCUCCCCCUCUCCGCCUCUCUCCCCCCCCUCCUCGCCCUCCACCUCCCCCCUGCCCUGCUGGCGGUUUCCCCUGCGCCCUUCUCUGCCCUGGGGGAGGGGAAGGGUGGGGGGAAGGCGGGAGCAAAAGGGGCAGGCGGAAAGGGGGGGGUGAAAGCAGUGAAAGGGAGUGCAGAGAAGAGGGGGAACGGGGGAGAGAGUGCGCGUGGAGUGAGGGAGGUGUGUGAGGAUGUAUUGAGAGGAGCAUUGGAUCGGGCUAAUGAAGACCUUCCAAGGCUCGCAUCAGCCUUCCCUCCCCUAGCUGCCUCUCUCUCCGCAGCCCUCAGGCUCCCCCUCAGCCUGUCUUUGCAGUGCGAUCUCCUGGAGGAGGCGGUGGGGAGUCAAGUGAAGCUGGUGGAGCAGACUCUUGCCGUUACAUGCAACGCGAGGCAUCAGGUCCAGACUCUGCUUGAUCUGCAUGCCAGCUUGCGGGUGUCUCUCAAGAGGCGUCAGAUUGUGCUUGUCGCUGCAGUACUGCAAGCUAUCAAGCAAGUGGAGGCGGCUCUGGCAGCGUGCCUCCCCUCACUCUCCCUCCACCUACCUCUGUACCAGCAGCACCUGCUGCGACAACUCAACGCAGCCUUGCUGCCUCUUCAGAUGGAUCAGCUGGCGAAGCUACCCUGGCCGUCUCCCUUGCAAGCACAUCCAACUACAGGAGAUGUGGAAGGAGGGAGCGAGGCGAUGGGGGGAGGAGGGGGUGGGAUGGAGGGCGAGGUAGCAGGCCAGCCCUCAUCGUCGUCGGUUGCUACUCUGCUUGCUUCAGCACCCCCACCUGCUGGCUCCCUCUUCCCUUGGAGCAACAGGGCUGCCAUGGAUACCCACAAGAAGCUCGUCAACUCCAUUGCCACUGUAAGCCCCUUGCUUGUCACCUCUUCCUGUCUGCCACCCGUUCCUGUCUCCCCUUCGUGUCACCCGUUCCUGUCUCCCCUUCGUGUCACCCGUUCCUGUCUCCCCUUCGUGUCACCCGUUCCUGUCUCCCCUUCGUGUCACCCGUUCCUGUCUCCCCUUCGUGUCACCCUUUCCUGUCUGUCUCCCCUUCGUCUCCCUCCUACUGCCCCACCCCCAACACUGCUCCUGUCCUACUAUCUCAAGCCCACGGUCACCACUGCUUUCUUGCCCUUCCACUCCUCACGCCCCAUGCCCAUCGAGCAUCCUGCUGUCACCCCUCUCACCAUCCCUACCCUCCAGCUCACCAGCAUGCUUCAGCUGACGUGGCAUCAGCUGCCAUCGGAUCGCCUCCUCUCCUUCCUCUCAACUGCUUGUGCCCUCAUCCCUCCCCUUGUAAGCACCUACUCCCUCGCUUGUAGUAAGCACCCCUUUCACCCUUUUUACAAGCACAUCUAUCCUUUGCCCCCACCAUUCACUCGUGUCAAACGAUUGUACCUGGUAGACGCAUUCUUGGAUGGGGCUCGGUUGCUUCUGCAGCCGCACACGCAGGAACGGCACGGGAAGCAGUCGAAAGAGCACACGGGGAGAAGAAGCAGCAGCCGGAGCGUCUCGUGGGGCGACAUUUACAGUGUGGAGAAUCAACUGGAGGCUGCAUUGGUUCAGUCAUUCCAGUGGCCGCUCACUCGAGACGUCAUUGCGGACCUCCAUCUGCACGCCAUCUCCCACUCCGAUUUGAACUCCGCCAAUCCGCGCUUCAACCCCCGCAAGACAAGGGUGCGCAACCUGCUGCAGUUCCUGCAUCUGCCGCCCAUCCGCGUGCUCUCCAGGCGGAUUGACAUACAAGCUCACCUAGGCGAGGACGUGAGACAGCUAGCGGCCAGCAAAUAUCGGCUGCUUCUGCCACCGAUUGCCAUAGGAGGAGGCCUGGCAUUCAGACUCCACAGCGCCCCUACUCCCUCCUCCACCUCCUCUCCCGCGCUUCCCUUCUCACUCUUCCACCCUCCCUCUCUCGCUGCCAAUCUCCCGUUCUUCGUCUCUGCGUUCUCUUUCGACCUUUCCACCCUAACCUUCCACCAACGGCCCUCCUCCCUGGCCAGAUUCCAUGAACCUUCCUCACCCAUCCCUUCCACCCGCCAUGCUGACUCAUCAUCACCAUUCUCCUCCGCGCACGGGCCUCGGUCGCUCACGCUGCGCCAGCUGUCCGGUCUCCUCCAAUCCACGCACGCCAUGCUGUUUCUCCAGCACGCCGCCACGUCAGCGUGCAAGCUGAUUGCGGGGAAGCUGUCUCACCUGUCUCGAAGCUACAAAAAUUCUCUCAACAUAAAAUCCGUGAAGACACCCUUGAAGACACUCUCGAAGAAUUGGACCCAUCUACAUUUUUUGUCUGAGCUGCCUCUGCUCUACUCCUCUCACUUCCAACAGAAGCUCCAGGAGAUCUCAGUAGACCCUGACUGGCGCAUAGCCAAGCCUGCCCCAGUUAACAACAACCACGAUGCAUCUGGCACCCCUGCAUCAUCAUCAGCAGCACAAGUGGUUGCAGGGAAGGGGAAAGAGGAAAAUCGAGGAAGAGGAGGGGCAGACAAGAGGCCGUGGGGGGAGGUGGUGGUGGAAGAGGUGAGGGAGAUGGGCGUGGCUCUUGGGUUUGUGCUGGCUGCUGCUACAGCUGCGUGCCACAGUGCAGAGCACACUCUCAGAAUCACCCCUCCACCUUUUGAGUCGACUCAAAAGCGCUGCAGGAUCACCCCUCCACCGCCUCCUCCUCGCAUCGCCCCUCUCCCACCAGCCUCUCCUCCUCCUCUCCUCGCUCUCCAAUUCCCUCCGUCCAGCCUCACACACUCAACCCGUGCCACUACUUCAUCUUCUCGUGAACCUUUUCAGAGGGAGCUGCAAGCCUCGCCUCAUCGCCCUUUCCUCAUGCUCCCUGCCGCCAUUCCGCCGCUCUCCUUGAUUUUGGCUUCCAAGAAGCAACUAGCGCAGCAGAGGCUGGCAGAUGCAGUGGGGGGGGGUGGCAGGGACGGCUGUGUGGGGGGAGGGAGGGGUGGUGGCGGGUCUAGUGGGAGUGAGGGAGGGCGAGGAUGGGAGAGGGGAGGAGAGGGCGAGGGGGGAGCAUGGGAGGCACAGGAUGACGACUGGUUGCCUGAUGAUGGAUUCACGCUGGGAGUGGCUUUUCUUCUCACGGUGGCCAAUCAGCGCCUUGCCUUUGACUCCAUAUACUGGUUAUCUCUCGCCCUGCACCAUCUCUCCUUCCAGCGCCAAGCCAUGCCCACCAACCCUCCCUCCACUCUCACUCCUGCUGCUGCUGCUGCUGCUGGCGGAGGUGGUGCUGCUGCUGCUGCUACUGCUGCUGGUACUGUUGGUGGUGCUGUGAGUGGCAAGUCAGCAGGCAGAAGAGCAGAUGCAGGGGAGGAGGAGGAUGAUGAGGAGGAGGAGGGAGAGGGCGCUGGGGGUGCCGGAAAAGGGGUGACUUCCCUCUGGUCCUCCUGGUUCGGUGCCACUGCUGCAUCUGUUGAAACUGCAGCUUCGCAGCCAGAGCUGUCUCCAGAGCUGACUCACCAGCUUCGGCAGAGGGAGCGAGUGCUGGCAGGCAUGGCGGAGCAGCUGAGCCUGAUGAACGUGGUUACCAUUUCCGCUCUUCGGCUGUUUGACUCCAGACCACACACCACAUAG